CUAGCUAAUUCUUUUUGUUUCCAUGCAGAUGUCAAAGAUGGGUAGAGAACUGUCGAAGGGCAGAUCUAGAAGAUAAAACUCCAGAUCAACUCAACAAGCAUUACAGAUUGUGCGCCAAACAUUUUGAGACUUCUAUGAUAUGCAGAAGUAGCCCUUACAGAACGGUUUUGCGGGAUAAUGCUGUGCCAACUAUAUUUGAUCUUACAAGUCACCUGAACAAUCCCCACAGCAGACACAGGAAAAGGAUAAAAGAAUUGAGUGAAGAUGAAAUAAGAACACUGAAGCAACAAAAGAUUGAUGAAGCUUUUGAACGGGAACAGGCAACUCAAGAAUUGAAUGAAAGCAAUGAACAAAAUACUGUCGCGGAGGAAGGAGGGGAAGAGCAAGAGGAGGAAACCGUCCCCUUAACACUGGAAGAAACUGCUGCCACUGGUUUAAUAUCUAAAAUCAUGGCACUGUUUCCUGUUAAUGAAAUAAUAGCUUUCCGUUCUUCUUGUUAA